UUUUAAUUAAGUCAAUUAAUGUCAACUCUAUUUAUCAAAACUAACAUUGUAUUUAUGUAGUUUCUUUGAUAAACAUAAACUUUAGUUUUGGUUUACUUUUGGUCCUGGAUACAAUAGCCGAAUUAUUGAAACAUGCGACAGAAAGUGUAAAUGUACCCAUAGCAAUUUCUUAGAAUAAAGAUUAUUAGAAUGACUAUACUAAAUAUUUAUAAAGAAGGGGACAAAAAUUUUUCUAAUGAACUUUUGUGUUUAGAAGAUGGUUUUCACUAUAUUGGAAGGAACAGUCCCAUUAUUUGUAAAGAUCAUCGAAUUUCUAGAAAGCAUGCACUUAUUACCAUUCAUAGAGGUGGUGCUACAAUUCAAUCUACACAUGAAAACCCAACAUAUUUUAAAUCAUCAGAAGAUGGCCCAAUUGAAGUUUUGACACAUAAGAAUACAAUGGAUUUGAACAAUGGCAACCAGUUUGCUCUUCUAGAAAAUUAUAUUUGGUUCACUGUUAAAAUUAGUGCUGAACAAACAGCACCUACAAUUGUAAAUGAUAGAAAAAGAGUACAUAAAGAUAAUAUUUCAGUCAAUGAAAAACGAAUAAAAACUGAAAAUGAAUGUGCUUCAUAUCAUAAUGUUAACUCAUAUCUCACUACUUUACCAACUGUGAAUUAUACAGAUUCAGAGGCAACUAAGAAAUUUGUUGAACUGGAAACUCCUUUAAAGAUAAAACAAGAACCAAUUGAUAUAGUGCCUUAUGUUGAUAGUGAAACCAAGGUAGAUGAUAACAAAGACCAUGUACUCAGUACCUCCAAUACAUUAAAUAUUGGAAGAGAAUGCUGUUGGUACGGUAGAAAAUGUUACAGAAAAAAUCCAGACCACAGAGCAAAGUUCAGUCAUCCUUGGGACAAUGAUUAUGUAAGUGAUUCCAAUAACAGACCUGAUUGUCCAUUUGGUAUUUAUUGUUAUAGAAGAUAUGCCAUGCAUAGAAGACAAUUCAAACAUUUUGGUCCACCAGCGCCUAGACCUACAUUUGCUAAAAUCAAUUAUCAUUAUCCUCAUAAUUUAAAGUGAUUGUGAUGUAGCGCAGAUUUAGAAAAGUUUUUCAAGAUAUUGAUUUUUUUAAUGAUUAAAAUUAUACACUUUUAUUAUAAACUUUAUUAGAAAACUAAUUAUCAUAAAGUUUUAUAUUUUAGAUACGUUUAUAUAAGUUGAAAUACAUUUUAUAAAUAUUGUAAUAUUAUAUAUAUAUUGAAUAUUUAGUGAUUUAUAAUUGAUAUAUAUUUAGCUGAUCAUAGGUGUACACAUUACAUGUUUUUGUUAGAUGUUAAUGUUG